AUGGUUGUAUCAAAUAUUGGUGAGUACUGGAAAGAUUUUUUGGGUGCAUGAUAAUAUGAAGUAGUUCAAAUUUUAAUUUAAAAAAAAGAUCAAAGCAGGCGAAUACAGAAUUUUUAAUGUAAAUAUAGAUAUAUAAAUUUCAAUAUGAAAAUGUCCUACUUUUUCAGAAUCCGAAAAAGAAUCGUUCAAAUCUCCAAAAUCACUUCGAGAUGAUCCAAAUUCGCCAAUUCCAAUCCCAGCUUUAUCGCCAAAUAUUUGUCAAAAAUCGAUCAAGAAAACACCACCGAAAAUCCGGGAAAAUUUGCGCGAAAAAGAUGGAUUUCGAAAUUCGUGGGAAUUUAUUUUGACAGCGAUGGGUUUGAGUGUUGGAUUUGCAAAUAUUUGGAGAUUUCCACAAAAGGCACUGGAAAAUGGUGGAUGUUAGUGAGAUUUUUGGGGAAAAGGAGGGGGGGGGGUGAGAGGUACUGUAGAUACAGUACCUUUCCUAGACUUGAAUCUACAGUACCCAACUCUAAUCUUUGCAGCCGCCUUCCUAAUUGUAUACAUAAUUUGUGCCAUAUUCUUUGGUCUUCCCACAAUUUAUCUCGAAUUUUUCAUCGGUCAAUAUCAUCAAAUUUCUUCGCCAAUCAUUUUCCAACGAAUUUGUCCAGUUUUGGAAGGAAUUGGAUGGAUGUCUAGUAUUUUAUCGAUUUUUUCAUCAAUUUAUUAUCUGGUUAUAAUUUCGUGGAUAUUGAUUUUUAUGAUUAAUUUGUUUCGAGGAGAUUGGAAAAUUUGGAAUAAAUGUGAUAAUUUAUGGAAUGAUCCGGAAAGUUGUUGGAGAAACACAUUAUGUGCAAAUAAUUCUUUGGAACCCGAAUUUGAAUUUGAAUACGAACAUUCAAAUGGAUCUUGUGAAUUUUCUACGGAUUUCAAAGAAAUUUCACCUUCUGAACAAUAUUUUUCCAAUCGGAUUUUGAGAAUAUCACAAGGAAUUUUGGAUUUUGAAACGGUUAAUUGGCCAAUUUUCAUUUCUAUGAUUAUUUGUUGGAUUCUGGUUGGAUUGAUGAUUUUUCGAGGAAUGAAAAUGAUUGGGAAAAUUAGUUAUGUGAGUUUUUUGGGUAGUUAUUGAAGGGUGAAUCGAAAUUUGAAAGUAGUUUUUGUGGAAAAAAUAUAUUUGUUAACCUCAUAUUAGAAAAAACGGAACAUUUAUGUGAUUUUAGAAACAGUAGAAUUUUUUGGGAAUGUUUUCUUGUUUGAAAAAUUGGAUCUUAUUUUGAAAAUUUUUUGAAACGGCAAAAUAUUUUGGAUAUCAUACAGUGCGUUUCAUAAUGAUAGGUUCACCCCCAAAAUUUCUGAAAUCAGCCGAGGUGUGAGUUGUAAUAACAAUCCGAGUUAAAAAUAAAAAAGAGCACACAAAAUUAGCUAAGAAAACUCAAUUUUAUCUGAAACUACCAAAUAAUAAAAAAAUAAAUGACCGGAGUUCAAAAAUUUCAAAAAUUUAGCGUUUCAAAACGAUAGGUUCACCUAAUCCAGAAUUCCCAUUGGAGACAUAUAAUCGAAAAUCAAUACUUAGUUGGACCUCCAUGUUUAGAAAUGACAUCAUAGAGACGAUUUGGCAUCGAGUCAACAAGUCUCUUGAGGUAGUUCUUAUCGAUUUUAUUCCAUUCCGUCUCGAUGGCAUCUUUGAGUUGGUCCACAGUAUCAUAUUUUUUUCCUUGAGCAUAAACUCGGCGAACGAGCUCCCCCAUACGUUUUCCAUCGGAUUAAGAUCAGGAGAACACGCUGGCCAAUCCAAAACUUUGAUUUUGUGGCUUUUGAACCAAUCUUUUGAUGAUUGGCUGACGUGGAUGGCAGCAUUAUCCUGUUGAAAAGUGAACUUUCUGGUCCGGAACCGCCUCAAAUAUGGCAAAAGAUAGUCAUGGAGGGUUUUUUGGUAAUCUAACGAAUCCAUCUUGAAUGAAACAAAAGCUAUUUUUAACGUUCCAGCUGCAGAAAAUGCGCCCCAACACAUAACCCGUCCUCCUCCAAAAUUUCUCUUUGGGAAGCGAAGUUGAUCCUUUCUGAUAUCAUGCCAGUAUGAGUUGUAACCAUCCGGACCAUCAAGAUUAAACUUUUUUUCGUCAGAAAAAAUUAUCUGAACAAGAAAACAUCAAUAUUUGAUGUUUUUAGAAAAAUUACUUACCUUAUCCCAAUCUGUGGCCAUGUUGGCUUUUGCGAAAGUAAGACGGUUGUCUUUGUGGCGAAGUGUGAGACGCGGAGCUGGCACCAAUUUGGCUCGAACGAUUUCUGGGGAUUGGUCUAUGGCUCUCCAAACUGUAGUCUUACUGAUAUUCAAACCCAGCUCGUUUUUGAUGUCAUUACACGAUUUCAUUGUGUUCGAAGCCAACCUAACAAUCCCUCGUUUAUCUCUCUCCGUGAGUUUUUUGGGAGCUCCAGUGUUUUUCAUUCGCUCAUAGUGAUCCGGAUUGUUGACAAAUUGAUUAAUACAGUUGAGAGAUCGUUUCAAUUUUGACGAAAUCAUUCUAUUGGACCAUCCGGCGAUUUUGAAUGCUCUAAUUUGAGCUUGUUCCUCUUUUGUAAGAUGACUUCCCCGCGACAUUGAUGAAUGACGUGAAAAAACGAGAACAAAAACAGAAACACGUUAAAAUAAUCAAAUAUCACUCGUAUUUUCCAGAAUAUUCGAUAAAACUCCUACCACGAAACAUAACUACAGUACUACUGCGGGUGAACCUAUCGUUUUGAAACGCUAAAUUUUUGAAAUUUUUGAACUCCGGUCAUUUAUUUUUUUAUUAUUUGGUAGUUUCAGAUAAAAUUGAGUUUUCUUAGCUAAUUUUGUGUGCUCUUUUUUAUUUUUAACUCGGAUUGUUAUUACAACUCACACCUCGGCUGAUUUCAGAAAUUUUGGGGGUGAACCUAUCAUUAUGAAACGCACUGUAUGUGAGAAACAAAUUUUGUUUACAUAGAAAAUUCAUACCUGGUGAAAUCCUGAAACAGCGAAUUUUAUUCAUAAAACAUUUUUUUCCAAUAACUUUUUUUGAAUAUUUUCCAGGUAACCGUGAUUCUCCCAUAUUUCCUCAUCAUAAUUUUAUUCAUCCUUGGAUUGACUUUGGAUGGCGCAUCAGAUGGUUUAUCGCAUUUCUUCCUUCAUCCCAAAUUUUCCCAAAUAUUUUCAUUUGAAAUCUGGUCAGAAGCAUUGAAACAAUUAUGUAUUUCAUUUUCAAUUGGACAUGGUUCAAUAAUAUCACUUUCCUCUUAUAAUUAUUCGAACAAACAACAAAAAUCUCCAAAUUGCUUCAUUAUCUCAAUAAUUAUUCUAAGUGCUAAUAUAUCUUUGAGUAUUUUGAGCGGAGCUACGGUUUUUUCGAAUUUGGGAUUUUUGGCGAAGCAAAGGAAGUCAAGUAUUUUUGAGAUUGUUGAGAAUCGAAAAAGUUUGAUAUUUGUGGCUUAUUUGGAAGUUUUUGGAGAAUUGGAUGUUCCGUGGAUUUGGGUUUUUAUUUUGUUCUUGAUGAUGUUUUUGAUGGGAUUGAGUGCAGAAAUUGGUGAGUUUUUUGGAACAAGAUUAUUACCAAAAAAAUUAUAUAUAUUUUUUUUAGUUAAAAUUUGAAACAGUAAAGUUUACAAAAUUGAAAUAAAUUUUUUCGAGAUUGCUGAAAUUUUCUCAAAAAUUUUAAUGCUUGAUAUUCAAAUUUUGAAACAGUAAUUUUCUAGAAAAAUGUUUUCAAUCAUUUUUUUCCUGCUAACCGAAUGCUCACAAAAAUUAUAGAGACAGUAAAUUUAAAAUCAAAUUUUCCAAUUUUUUCAGCGCUGCUCGAAACGUUUUGCUCAAACAUCUAUGACAAAUUUCCAAAAAUGCGUAGAAAAAAAUAUAUUGUGGUCCCAAUCUACAUUUUUCUUCUAUCCAUUCUCGGCCUGAUUUUUUCAACAUCUUCUGGAUUUUAUUGGUUCGAAAUAAUCGAUGAAUAUUCGAGUUCAAUUGCAAUAUUUUCAAUUUUAUCACAAACUCUGGUUCUAAUGUAUAUUUAUGGUUCAAAACAUAUUCGACAAGAUAUUAUUGAUUUGUUAGGAGUUUCGUCACAUUUUCAAUUAUUUUUUGGUGCAAAUUCGCCAUUUUGGAGAUUUAAUUGGAUGUUUAUUAGUCCAAUUAUUGGAAUUAUUGGUUUAUUAAUUAAUAUUUGUCAAAAUGGAUUUUCGAUUUUUGGCUGGAUUUUGGUGAUUCUUCCAAUUUCAAUAGUCCCAAUUUUUGCGAUCAUCAAUUUCAUUCGAUUCAAAAAAGUUUCAAAAUCUGCUUUACAACUUCAAAAAGACCAUCCAUCUUAUGAUCGAAUUAAAGGAAAAUUAAUAUCCAAAAAAGUUGCUGAAAAGAGUUUACCAGAAGCAUCUCCAAAAAUUAUAAAAGCACCUGAAGUCUUACAAAAAUCGCGAAGAAAAUCGGAGAAAAAAAUGCACGAAUUUGGAUAA